CAGCACAUCAGCGAGAGAAGAGCUGCUGCUUCUUAAUUUAUCAACACUUUAAUGUUCAUUUGAACAGCUACACUUUGUUGUGGAGGGAAGACUUUUCUCCAGUUGUAUUUUCUUCACUGAUGAUUGGAAUAGGGACUUUUUUUGGCAGCCAGUGUGGAUUAUGAUUCAAUGAUAUUAUCUCUCCAUAUACCGGAUAUGGAUAUAUACAAUAACACCAUUUUUAUCUUCCUGAUUUUCUACCGAAAUCUUGUGUCAGGACUGGACCUCCCUCAGCCUGACAAUGUGAUUGUGAAGAUUUCAGAAGGCGAGGUUCAUGUACUUUGGAAACAUCCUGUGGACGCUCCGUCAGACUCCCGCUACAAUGUAGAAAUGGCAAAGUACAUGGGUGGGGAAUGGGCCAUGGUCGCCAGCUGCACAGGGAUCAAAAAGACGAACUGUGAUGUAAGCAGCCUUAUAAUUGAAAAACGCGCUCCCUAUAAGGUCAGAGUUCAGCUGGUUGCAGGAGAUAACAUCUCAUCGUCUGUCUGGACACAAAAGAAGAAAUUCUUCUUAAAUGAAGGGGCAUUGCAGCCACCCUCCUUCACUUUGUGGGCGACUUCUAGCACUCUCAAAGUUUCUGUUCACCAGAAACCGAUUCUGAAAGAACUCUUUCUUUUCGGGGUCACCUACACCAUCUACCUGGAAGAGAGAGGACAAGAUACAAAGAAUACCACAGCAUACUUGGAAGAUAACAUGGCCGAGGAUCAGAGGACCAAGUCUUUCAGCUCACUCCACUGGGGGAGAGAGUACUGUGUUAGCAUCAAGGUGGAGGGCAAAGGAGCAGCAGCUAUGUCCAGCAGCAGUGUGUCCCCAAAACAGUGUCUGCAGCUCCCAGAGCAAGAGUUUUUUAUAAUGGCUGUGUCGUCCCUAUCGAUUCUGGGUGUGUUGGCCAUCAUUGCGAUCAUAGUAGCCAUCCUCUUGUGUUACCUGAGAGGUCAAGAGAAAACACCUGCUGUAUUGAAAUCCCCUGUUAGAGGCUGGCUUCCACUUUCUGUUAAAGAAGGGGCUGUGGAGGUUGUUACAGACAAAGGAUGGUUCCUGUCCAGCAACAGAACAGAAGUGAAAACCUGUGUCAACGAUCCGAUGACACAUGUUACGGUAACAGUGGACGAUGAAGAGGAGGAGAGGAGGACCAGCCUGGACAGCGGAGUCAGCAUGGAGACCAACUCUGCUACAAACAGCGAGGGAAGUCCUCCAAUGAGACAAGAGGACAGCGGCUUUGGCAGCUUGGGAGGAUCUGAGAGCUCCACUAGCUGUCAGACAGAUUACCCCCUGCAGGAUGAGGGGUCUUCCAACACUGGGAAGAGGGAGGAUAGUGGGGUGGGGCUGUGCUGCCAGGUGGAUAUAUCUUCCAUAAACCUAGAUGGACAGGACAGUGGGUCUCUAAAGGUGGCUGGGGGAAAUUAUCGCAGUCAGAGCCCCUGUGCUGUGCAGAUUAAUGUCUGUGAUGAGGAGGAGAUGUUUAAACAGAUGCUUCCUGACUCAGUUUUGGCUGAAGUGGUGACAGGUUACAGGGCUGGGCCUCAAUCGUGUAUCUGCUCAGGAACAGGGCAGUGCACUUGGUGCCAUACACAAGGACAUGAUGGAGCCAAAGUCAUAAAACAAUACAGAGCUGUGUGUAUUGAAAAUGGACAAGUCAGCAACAGUUGUAAUUUUGUGGACUCUAACAAAGGGCAGCUUACAUUUUCAAGAUAUCACAAACAAACACAAAUGGACACUGUUAUAGUGGAUGAUUUAGAAACAACUUUUAUACAACUGGAGAAUACGUUCCCUUUGCUAACAACGCUGUCAUCGCUUUCCUUAGUGGAGGAAGAACAGGACUUCAAUAUGAACAAUUUGUCUCUCUCCCUCUGUGACGUACAGCUGACGACUGAGUGAUACGCAGUGGAAUGCAACAACGUUAUAAAAUCAUGCUGACCUAACAAGUCCCAGUGCUAAGCUGCAGCAAUGCACUCCCUUUUCUUCCAUGACACACUUUUUAUUCAUAAGAAAAGGCAUGUUGUUUUAUGGGGAGAGGAAUUGCCUGAGAAUACAAAGGGGGGAAAACUGUAAGGAGAAAACAAAGCAAGCAACAGGUUGUUUUUUAACAUAGGCAGGAAAUUGAGGUUAGACCACACAGCUGCACGCUGAUAGCUGUCAGUUGAAGUUUCAGGAGCUUCUAGGGGUAGAAAACAUACCAACGAAGACCUUAUCCAACCCUGCCUUACUUGGUAUUUACGACUGACUGAAAAGGCUGUAUCCCGGAAGUGAAACUGGUGUGGGGAGCAACGCAGAGAAACAGUUUGACAGAUACGUACUUCUUGACAUUUUGCGAUCUCUCCGUGGCUGUCACCUCUGCUAAAAAAUGACACUUUUAUGUUGGUAACCGACAUGUAAUGUAUUUUUCUUUUCUUUUUUACCACUACCACUUAAGUUUUAGACAUUAAUGUAUUACUUGGAAGCCACUUUAAAGUGCUGUGACCUCGUGUUAAACAAAGGAGUAAAAUGUGCCUAUUCUAAUUUACGAUGAUGUGCAGGACAUUUUAUGGAGAUAUGAAGCAUGUGACAUUAAUAUGCAUAAACUGCACCCAGUGUCCGAGCUACUUCGUUUUUUACUUUUUUUAAAUUUAUUAAAAAAACUAUUUAUUUA